AUGAAGAGUAUCUGCAUACUCAAGACUUAUCACUGGUUCAAUCUCCGCAGGGUUGAGGACAGUACGACUGAGAAUGUCUUGGACUCCGUCGAUUUCUCUUUCCUUCCCGAGCCUUGUCGUUGCUCUUCUUCCGUCGUCGCCUUCGGUCCUGAGAUGUUCUUCAUUCCCGGAACUAAGGAUGGCUCAUCAAGCUUUAGGAUCUUUGACACCCAAUCCGGAAAGGUUCGUCAAGAACCUCGUAUGCUAGUGAACCGAACGUACAAUUGCGUAGGAAUAGUCGGCGGUAAGAUCUAUGUGAUCGGAGGAUUCAGAGGAAACGAUAUUUCAGCGGAAAGCUUUGAUCUAAAGACGCAAGCUUGGGAAACAGCUCCGAGUCCCCAUGACAAAGAAAGUCUCAUAUGGAUUCAUGGGACAGGUGCUUCACUAGACAGAAAGGUUUGUGCUGUAAGCUUUUUUCGAGGCCAGCUGACAUGUUACGAUACUAGAGAUGGUUCUUGUGAGACAUCCCAGAUGUCUUUUAGCAGAUGGUGGAAGAUAGGAGUGUGUGUUAUAGAAAAUGUGCUCUACGUUUACUUCUUUAGUUACGGUUUAAUGUGGUAUGACACUGAACUGAAGCUAUGGACAUUGGUUCAUGGUUUGGAUCUUGGCGAAGCUCAAGGCGUUGCAAUGUCUGAAUACUAUGAGAAGUUGGCGUUUCUAUGGGAGAAACCUAGUCUUGUUAGUAGUGAAAGCAAAGAGAUUUGGUGUAGAAUGAUUGGUUUGGCUAGGAGUGAAGCAAAAAUCAAUGGAUCUGCAGAACCAUCUCAACUUCUCAGGAUUGUUCCUCGCACCUUUAGUUUUCACCAUUGUCUGUCGGUUGGUUAA